UAGAGUAGCAUCUAUAUGAGUGAGGGUGUUAGCCAGUACUGUCUAUAAAUACCAUCUCUUCCCAUCUCAUAAACCGCAAUACAAACUAAGCUGUAUUCAUAUACAAAUCCCCCAUCCUCUUCUCAUACUUGCAUUAUAGUCCAAUCUUGUUUCUCGAUCAUGGGUGUUUUUGCUUACGAUGAUGAGCACCCCUCAACCGUGGCUCCAGCUAAACUCUAUAAAGCUCUGGCAAAAGAUGCCGACAGUAUCAUCCCAAAGAUGAUUGAGGCCUUCCAGAGUGUUGAAAUCGUCGAAGGAAAUGGAGGUCCCGGAACCAUCAAGAAGCUAACCCUUGUUGAAGGUGGCAAAACCGGCUAUGUGCUACACAAAGUGGAAGCAAUCGAUGAAGCUAACUUGGGAUACGACUACAGCAUAGUGGGAGGGACUGGGUUGGAUGAAAGUUUGGAGAAAGUGUCAUUCGAGAUUAAGGUGGUGCCUGGCCCUGAUGGUGGGUCCAUCGGAAAGGUCAAUGUCAAAUACUAUACCAAAGGUGAUUCAGUGCUAUCGGAAGCGGUGCGUGAGGAAACAAAGUCAAAGGGAAAUGGACUUUUCAAGGCCAUCGAGGGUUACGUUUUGGCAAAUCCUGAUUACUAGAUUCUCGGAAAAGCACUUGCUUUUUGUUUUAUUCAUGAAAAAAUAAUAAUGAGUUUAAUUUGUUUGGUUGUUUAAUUUGUACUACGAGAA